CGCGUCCUUGAGAUCAGCUGUGAACGUAAAUAAAUAAAAAAACGAAAUCGUGAUAAUUCUCAUGAUUUCAAAUGAAAAUUACGUUUUGAAAUUUCAUCGUUUCUUUUUCGCACAAUCCUCCGUAAAAUGUAAUUACUUUACCACCGCUGUAGUUUUGUUUACGGUCGUUCAGUAAUCCACUCCCUUGUCCCUCUACUUGUUCGUGCCUCCAUUUAUUUUAUGGUGUUUUUUACUCAAGGUGCGGGAGAAAACUGUCGUGUUUUCGCGAGUCAAUCGUUGAUUUUUUAACGUGUUACUUUUUACGGUGAAAAGUUUUUUCUACUUAUUUGAGGUGGGGAAACUCUCAAUCGAACCAUCAAUCCAGAAUCCAGUGCGUUCUCUCAGGAAUUCUUUUUCACUACCGUGGAUCCAAUCCAGUACGUGGCGAUUUCUUAUGGAUCAGAUUCCUCUAUUCUUAUAUGAGUGUUGUUGGUACCCAAAAUUGCUGUUUGUUUCCAAGUUCUCAGACUAAAAGGGAUUUGAUGAUUACUUAGUCUCUGGAAAGGAGCUCACUGAAGACGAUUAACUGCCAGGGAAUGCCUGAUAUUGUUUGUGGUGAUUUUGUCUUCGUCUCCGACUUUGACUCCAGUAAUAUUGCACAUGCAGAACAAGUUGUUAGGAAAGAACCAGCAAAUGAUGGAGUGGAUUUUGAAUUCAAUGUUUGGACGCACCCUGACUGUGCAGGCACAGAGUUCGAAAACAACAAUCGCUCCUGGUUUUAUUUUGGAGUUACAGGAGGUGUACCGUUUGCCACUGUGAAACUGAAUGUCGUGAAUCUCAAUCGACAAUGCAAAAUGUACAGCCAAGGAAUGGCACCUGUCACGCGUACAUCGCCUGGCAAGUUACACUGGGAAAGAAUACGGGACCGUCCUACUUUUUCGAUGGAGGAUAACAUUUUCACCGUCAGUUGGAAGUACCGAACUCUUGAAAAUUUACGUGCAAUAACAUACUUUGCUUUCACUUAUCCCUUCUCAUACACGGAUUUGCAAGCAAGCCUGAGAAACAUUGACAUCAGAUUCCUAAAGUCAACCGAACGCGGUCCAAGGCUCAAGAAAACUAAGAAAUCCAUCAACAAACGUAUCGAUUUAUCUCGAAAAAUUGAGAAGAAGGAGAAGGUCCAAAGACAUCGCCUUGAUGAUAUCUACUACAAAAGGGAAACCAUUUGCUUGACCUGUGAAGGAAGAAAGGUGGACUUACUGACCAUCACAUCUUAUCAUGGCAUAACAUCUCAGAGAGAACCCCGAUAUGCUGGUUUGUUUCCCGAAAAGGAUGUCGAUCGACCUUUUCGGUUUGUGGGUAAAAAGGUCAUCUUCCUUAGUGCCAGAGUGCAUCCGGGGGAGACGCCAUCAAGCUUUGUCAUGAACGGAGUGAUACAACUCCUGAUUAGCCGUGAUGAUCCUGUCGCCAUAGCUCUCCGUCGUUUGUAUGUUUUCAAGUUAAUGCCAAUGCUUAAUCCAGAUGGAGUUUCACAUGGUCACUAUCGAACAGAUAUGCGGGGUGUUAAUUUGAAUCGGUUCUAUUUGAACCCGUCUCCACUCUAUCAGCCGUCAGUAUAUGCGGCCAAGGCUGUUAUCCUCUACCACUUCAACGGCAAUGAAUCUGAAGACCUGUCGAUGUCAGUUGACAGUAAAUCAGAGAAACCUCCACGCAUCACCCAAAGCAAAAGUGAAGAUUGCUUUCUCUCUUUAUCCAAGGACAUGUCUGAAACACCAUCCAGUGCACCAGUGCGAGCAAUAGCUUUCGUAGACAGCAAGACUAGCUUAAGCUCAGCAAUCCCUGCUAUGAAGGUAGAAAGCAUGCCAGAAGCAAUGAAUGUUGCCCCUGAAAAACUUGGCCCUGAUGGUGCUCUCGCUUCCAAAAAUAUUGGCAGUGAAAACUUAGAUUUGCUGCAAAAUUCAAGUGUAGCUGAUCCCCCAGUCGAAAUCGAUUUCAACUCAAUAAAACUGGAAUUAGCGGCAGGUGGAUCUGCUGAACCUGUCAAGCCAGCGCAGAUUUUUUCGACUGAAAUGGUCGGAGCAGUUGGAGUGAUCGAGCUGAAAGGUCAAGAAGAAAUGAAACAGGGUCUUAUUGGAAAUGAUUGUGAUAAUCAAGGCUGUGAUGAUAAAUUAGGUGUAAGUGACUCAAGCGAUGUGAUUUGUAAAGUAGAAAAAGUAAGUCAAGAAAGUGAAUCCUUAUCUAGAGAGACAUUGUCCUCCCUGCGUCUGUCUCCAAUGCAGGCCAGUGUGAGCCAAGAUUCACUGCUGAGCCCAAAACUUUUUGCGAAGAAGGCUCCGUGGACCAAUCAACCGAAAGCAGGCUGUGAGUCUCCUGAUUCGGAGCUCUUUUUGUAUGUUGACUUCCAUGGUCAUGCUUCAAAAAAAGGGAUUUUCAUGUAUGGAAAUCAUUUUAGCAACACUUUGGAUCAAGUUGAGUGCAUGCUCCUACCGAAGCUGAUGUCAAUCAACUCUCAGAAUUUCCAUUUCAACGCAUGCAAUUUCACUGAGAAAAAUAUGUAUUUGAGAGAUCGACGAGACGGUUUGAGCCGGGAAGGCUCUGGUCGAGUGGCCGUGUGGAAGACAACAGGUCUACUGAAAAGUUACACAUUGGAGUGCAAUUAUAACACGGGGCGAUUGGUCAACACUCUGCCUCCACCUCUGCGGUCUCUUGAAAAGCGGCACCACAAUCUACUGGUUCCUCCUAAGUACACGCCGCAAGUAUUUGAAGAGAUCGGGAAAGCAUUAGGUGCAUCUAUUCUUGAUCUCACCGGUUCGAAUCCUAAUAGUCGUCUUGCAAAUUCCGAGUACUAUAGUCUCAAUGGAGUUAGAGACUGGCUGAAGCUGCAGCAAAUCGCAGAAAAUAACUUGACUGCUCUGCAGCGGACUGUAGUCAAUAAACAGUUCAAAAAACUUACUGGAUCUCAACCGCCGAAAUCAGACGAUCCGGCAAACGCAGAAAACGUUCCACUCGCAUGUUCGAGUAAAUUGCCCUCCGAUUCAAAAACAGGCAUUAAAGUGGCGAACCUGACUUUGGACAAAAAAGAAAACAUUGUCUUAAGUGUUAAUCAGCAGAACAAGAAACUGCGUCAGAAGACGUCAAAAAUCAAUUCCAUACUCCAAGUGAGAGCUAAGUGUGCUACAAUAAAUGCUAUUCCAGGAAGCUCCAAAGGCAUAGCAAAACCCAAACCAAGUGUUACAGAAAACGUCAUAGUGAAGAAAGGACCAAAAAGGAUAAAAAUUAGUGAAGACGGGAAAAUGAAGUGGGGAAAGCUCGUGGCGUCAACCUCAAAGAGAAAAGACUCCAAAUUGGAUGAGAAUGCUUCAUUGCUGUGGAAAAGCACAAGUCGACUUGAAAAGAAGAGCUCAGCAGACGGCAGCAGACGAUUCGUAACGCCAGAAAAACGGAGAAAGAAGUCCAAACCCAAAUAAACAAUGAUUUGACGCCGAGUACAGAGAGAUUGUCUUUUCAGGUGUCUCUUGCCUUGAGUUGUAAAGUGCUCAAGAGGACAGAAUGGGAAUAGCUGUUUUUUUACACCUAUUUCCAUUUUGAAUGUCAAUUUCUGGAAAACUUUUUCGAAGCUUAGCUCUCGGGACCAUUUCAUUUUUCACCAAUUUUUCCUUUAGUUUCUUCUAACUUUUCAACAAAAGUUUGUCUUAUCAUAGUCCAAAAUAUCAAGAUGCAUCAUGAAACUGCCUUGACUUGAAACUCCCUCAAAGCCUCUAACAUGCACUGUAAUCUCUAUUUCGAUGAUGAAACUGCAAAAACGCGUAUUUUGGUUGUAGUGUUCUACAAUUUCCACGUCCAUUUAAUCAUUUAGAAAGAGAUAAAACGAACAUUAUGGCUUGAAAUUUUCAUAGCGUGUCCUGCCAUUAGAGAAAAAAAAUCACCGAGAUUUUGAAAAAGUGAUGUUUCUGACAUUACUUAGUUCUAUAACUACUCAGUAAUGAAACUGAGUCGUUUCCUGCAAAGAAAAUGAAGUAUGACAGGAAAUCUGCCAUGUUCAAACCAAAAUAUGAGUUUCUGCAGUUUCACCAUUGAUUCACUCAAGGAUUUCCAGUAUGUCCUUUGAUUUCUCAAAACUUUUCAAAAACAGUACGAAAGGCCAGAAUUUUGGGAUGCAAUGUGAGACUGCCUUGACUUAAAACCUCCUUCGAAGCCUCUGUGCUCUGAAAUCCCUACAUUUACAGUGAUUUCAAGUCAAAAAAAUUCAGAAGUGCAUCUUAAGAUUUUGGCUUUGUCUUUUUAUCUUGUUCGGCCAGUCAAACAGCAUCAAAUCACUGAAGUUGAUUUCAAAGUGGUCAAAAAUUAAAUGUACAUGCACUCUUACUAUAACGGAACAAAAACUGCUCUAGUGCUGCUUUUGCCUCUCCUGUAAGUUACGUCUGUAGGAUUCUCUGAAAAAUUAAUUAGCAUUUAUCCAUCUGAAAUAGCAGUGAGGAUGGUCCCACCAAGUAUAAUAAACAUUUAAGCACCGUAUUAGUAACUAUGUCACCGAAAAAAUUUGAAACAAUUUUCAAAAUCUUGCUUGGAUCUGGAAAAUAUUCCUACCGGUACUUUUAUCUGUAUGGUCCGUAAGAAAUUGAGAUGUUACGGUCACUUCUUUAUAGUUUAAAAUGUUGCUGUAUACACUAACGUAAGAUUUUUUGACGCAGCAGAUUAUUGAAUUGCUUUUUUUCUGCACUUAAUUUUUAUCGUGCUUGAGAUCAUCAGAGAAAUAUGUAGUCUGUAAGAGUAAAAAUGUGGCUUUCGCUAUUAGUACAAUUUGGAAAAGGUGCCAAAACGUUCUCACUAAUUCGUGUUUUUUAGUAUGGUGACUUUUGAGAGAAACAAGAAGCCUAGGUAUUCUUGUACCUACUUGUUCAAGGUAGCCACCAUUAGUGUAAAUUGACUCCUCUUGAAGAAACGGAAAACAGUGGCUGCUAGGUUUUUUAAAAUUAAUUUAAAAUUUCAGGUAAUAACACUAUUGUUUCAAUUUAAUUUUCCUCAUUUGUGUUUAACGUAUCCUGUUCAAUCUACCAGCAAAACCCGUUUUUCGUAUUUUUUGUGCACAGUUUAUCGUAGCUGCUGAUCAAUAUCCUUCUAUCCUUUUUCUCCAUUUAUCAUCGGUGUGGUGUCACUGUCCACCCUCUCUCAGUAUUUUUAGAGCUAUGCAAAUCGGAAAUUUUUUAAAAGUGAGAUGUGAGUUCUAUAGUGUGUAAAACUGUUUAGUCCCUGUUGCCCUAUUUUCGAAAAUCGUUUUAUAACCUUUACUUCUAUUCUGCCAUUCUUUUUCUCUCAUUCUGUGCACCAAUAACCUUGCACGUUUGUGGGUUGCAAAAUGAGCUGUUAGGGUCACCAUGGCUAUAAAAAUCGGCUAAGCUGCAAAGAGCCAUUGAUCAAUCAUUCGGCGUGUUGUUAGACGUGUAGACAAGAAAAGGCAUCUUUAGUUCAUGUUUAAACUGAAAAGUAACCGUUCGCUUUAGGUCUUUUUGAGAAAAGAAAAAUCUGAGGCAUUGUUCAAUUUGAAAGCCGAAAUCAUGAUACGUAUGAAGUAACCUUGAUAAAGAAGACCUGCAGUCUCACUGUUUUUGGAGAAGGAGGAUAUGGAAAGAUUUUCUCUGUUUUAUGUGAUGUGACUUUUUCCUCACCUCUUUAUUUUUCUGUGUAUUUCAUAUUAUUUGCUUGGAAAGCGAAGACAUUCGUCAUCCAUGCUAUUUUAAAUACAUGAUAUCGUAUUAAUAAGUUGCAAUCACUGCAACAGACUAUCACCUACUUUUUAUCAUCAAAUUUGACUGUUCCCUUUUUCUAUUUCUACUGCCCACCUUUCAUUCGAAUGUUCUGAAAAAUGAAUCGAAAUUUUUUUACAUCCAUUGACUUGAAGAAAAACCAAUUUUGUUUUAGUAUGUGCUUAUUUUGCCAGUUUUUGUUCGUGUCCCUAAAUUUUAUCCCUUGUUUCUUGUUUUUCCAGAAUUCUGUUCUUUUAUUUCGAGAAUGAUCUUGUUGUUUAUUCAAAGAUUUAUUUAUACCCAUUUCGCAAUUUAUUUAGCUAAUUUAGUUUAUUCGUCUCUCAGUAUUGUAAAAUCAGGUUUGAUCCAGACAGUAUAAAAUUAUCAAUACGAUUAUCUCAACUCUCGACCAAACUCUGAGCUCUCGAUUUCCUAAUAUUUCAUGUUACCUUUUUACUGUAUUGCCGUAUCAUAGUCACAUUUUUUAUAUCUGCAGUAGUGCACAAUAUUUUAGUCUUUAAACCAAUUUUUACAGGCUUCUGUAAAAAAAUCUAGAAUGGUGAAAAACCUAACCUACUAAAUGCAAGUAUUAUGACUUAAAAACAUGCAUACUCUUACACUGUCACAUCUUAGUUUAGAAUUGUUAUGGAUGAAUAAUCACUUUAGUGAAAAAAUGUGAGAAGUUGUAUUUUUGCAACAAAAAAGGAAAAAAAACAACUGACUUCCAAACUUGCUCAACAAAGCUUUGUCCACUCUCCUAAUAUUGUGCACAUCUGCCAUCAUUCUUACUAAAAAAUGUUUGUAAAAUUUCUUGCCAGUUAAGAGAA